AUGGAUGCGGAUCUACAAGCGCGAACUUCAGCGAGGAAUGCCUAUCAGUUGUUGGAUCAGCACUAUCCACAGCAAGCACAGCUUCUGUACCAGAGUCUGGAUCCGUCAAAGCAGCGUGCUUUAUCUGGUGUGAUGUCAGCAGCUUCGUCAUCACAAUCUAUCAACAGCGAGCGUGAUUCACUGCACAUGAGCCAAAGACCGGGCGCGUUCGGAAUGAAUCGACCGAAAACCACGAACUUUUUUGCUGGUCGUUCGGCUUCGGAAAUCGAUGCAAAUGCGGUUCGACGAGCAGCAGCGUUCACUCCAGCAAAGAGCAAGCUCACAGGAUCAGUGGCAGCGAGAAAUAGUCCA